AUGCGAAUCCGUAUGAGAGGACCCGAAGGAACUUCCACCAUAACUCUUCCUGACGAUGCCAAAAUUAGUGAUCUCCUAUUCGAAAUCACUUCGAAAACAUCGCUCAACAAUUUCGAUAUUAAAUAUGGUUAUCCACCCAAACCACUCCUUCUAUCUCAAAGCGAGCCUUCACUAUCUCUGAGCAAGUUGGACGUUAAGUUGAAUGGCGAACAACUUACAAUCAGCUCAAGAGAAGAACGAAAACCUAGUGGUUCACCAAAGUCUACUGUACCGUCUUCUUCUUCUAAGACCUCUUCUACCUUACCACAAGUAAAAGAUAGACAAACGGUUGAGGAGAAGUCGUUUUCAUUUUCUGGGAUGCAUGGCGAUGCAAGUUCAAAAUCGAAUUCGGCAAAAUCAGCACCUCCUGUGUCUCUUUCGCGUAAGAGAGGCAUCGAUGGAGAUGUUCCAGAGAUUUCACUUCCAGAACGUGGUGCUACCCUUGUCCUCCGUGUAAUGCCCGACGAUAACUCCUGUCUCUUCCGAGCCUUUGGAACAGCUGUACUGCCCGGCGAUGACCUCUCUAUGCCCGAGCUCCGUUCCGUUGUAGCCUCGACUAUACAAAGCAACCCUGAAUUGUAUAGCAAAGUAGUAUUAGAACAAGAACCCGACGACUACUGUCGCUGGAUCCAGACUUCCGAUGCAUGGGGCGGUGCCAUUGAGAUGGGCAUAUUGGCCGAGGCGUUUGAUGUGGAGGUUGUCUGUAUUGAUGUUCAAUCCCUCUCAAUCCACAGAUUCCACGAAAAUGCCUCUCAACACCGCUGCGUCCUGAUCUACUCGGGGAUCCACUACGACUUGCUUGCUCUCUCCCCUUCUUCCCCGCCCCCCCACACAAAAGCCACCGCUCCCCCUGAUUCCGAUAUAAGAAUUUUCGACUCUUCCGACGACAUCAUUAUUACUAAAGCACUAGAACUGUGUUCCAAAUUAAAGGAGAAACACUACUUUACUGAUACCGGGGGAAUGGCUAUCAAGUGCAAAGAUUGCGGCGUGACUGUUUAUGGAGAGACGCAAGCGGCGGCUCACGCGCAGCAGUUGGGUCAUUAUAAUAUGGCCGAGAUAAAUACUUGA